AUGACAAUGAGUGGAGUAGCUGAGAGCAGUACGACAGCCACGAUGGGGACCAAAGACGGCGUACCCACAUGGAGCGGUGAAGCAGCGAGCUUCACCCAGUACGAGGAGACGGCCUUGUUGUGGGAGCAAAGCUUGACGUGGGAGAAGAGAUAUACUGCAGGGCCCAAGUUGGUCCAAGAGCUGACGGGCGCAGCAAAGCGCUACGUGGCAGGCCAACCGGCAGGUUGGGUGGCCUUCAGGGGCGGCGUGGUGCAGCUCAUGGACCACCUGAGGAAGGCCUUGGGAAAACCCCGCGUCAACGAGGUCGCGGACUUGUUGGCUACGUACUUCAAGGGCACCCGGCGCCGCAGUGUCGAAAGUAUGAAUGAGUACAUCACGAGGAAGACCGAGGCCUACAUGAGGGCUGGACAAGCCCUUCGGAGGGUGCAGCCCCACUACGUGGAAAGUUCUCAGAACCCCGACGACAAUGACACCGCCGGUGGUUCGACCCGGCCCUCAGACGGGGCCGACGAACCCGAGGACCCAUGGGCAAGCUACGCCCAGACCGCGUGGAACCCAGGCUCCCACUGGGGAUGGUCUGCAGGAUGGCGAGGACAAGGACAGUGGGAUUGGUAUGCCUCGCGAUGGAGCUCUUCGUCACAGACUUCAGAGGACCCACCUAAGCUCGCGGAACUCCUGCCAACGUUCAUCCAAGGUUGGUACCUCUUGAUGGACGCGGGCCUCGACCAUGGAGAAAGGAACUUGAUCAUCACGGCCCUCAAUGGGAAUUUCGACCCCUUGAGGGUCGGCCAGGAGUUACGGAACCAGUUCCCAGAAGGAGAAGUACGUCGACGAGACCAAGGUCGACGUCACCAAAGCUACAUGGGCGAGCUCGCGGACGAGAUGGACGAGGACUUUGAGACGGAGGGGAACUCCACCACCGACUUGGAGGCCGAUGGCAUGAAUGAUGAGGGCAUUGCUUUGGUAGUGGAUGCCGAACAGGAAGCGCAGAGCGCCUUAGCGGCGCUACACGAAGCGAAGAGGACCCUCAAAGAUGCUCGCUUCCGCCAGAAGAUGGUCAAGCAAAACCGCAAGUACUACCAGGGCAACUCCCGUGGUUACAAACCCUCCUAUGCCCCAGGCAACCGAGUUCGCGACGACAGCCAAAUCGAAUGCCUUGGUUGCGGCCAGAAAGGCCACAGAGUGGCCAACUGCCCGAACAAGAACACCGCGGCCAUGGCAACAUCCUCGGCGGACACCGAUCAGCAAGCUCCCUUUGUGUGUUUCUCAGGCCCCGACGACUCGGAGAACUUCGCGGGCUUCGCGCACCAGGACAACCAGGACUUCAUGGGCUUCGCACACCAGGACGGCCAGGACAUCAUGGCAGAGGCCCUGAGCACGGAGAAUGCUGACGAGGGCAUCUCCACCAUGGAAGCCGUGAAGCGCGGUAUGUGCGUCAUCGACGGAGGUGCUACACAGACAAUCGGGUCUGUGGCAGCAUUGGAAGCAGUGCUACAGCAGAACCGCAACAAGCACGGCGCCUCCGGACUCAAGGGCAUCGAGAAUCAGAAUCCCCCGAGCUUCUCGUUUGGGAACAGUUCGACUAACCGAUGCCUCAGCACAGCCAAGUUGUUGGUUUCCGCGAAUGGCUCCCCUGGGGAGUUGAAGGUCCACACACUGGACCAAGGACAGAGUCCAAUACUUUUAAGUGUGGAAACACUCAGGAGCGUCGGCGCAGUCAUCGAUUUUUCAGCGGAUCUAGCGGUGUUCCGAAGGUUGAGCCCCAAGCAUAUCAUCCCCCUUACCAGAGGAGCAUCAGGACAUCAGCUUCUUCCGCUCACUGAGGACUGGAUGCAGAAUGCACAUCAGUCGACCAGUGCCGUCCCAAGCCUCACUUCUUUCAUCAGGCACUAG